AUGCAUCGUGAACGAAUUAUCUUGGAUUGUGACCCAGGUGUUGAUGACACCAUAGCAAUAUUAUUAGCAUUAUCAUCGCCAGAGCAAAUUCAACUUGAUGCCAUCACCAUUGUCAUGGGCAAUCAUCAUAACAUUGAUCUACUUGCUUCUAAUGCCUGUCUUCUCCUUCAAAUGUGUCACAUGACUGAACACAUUCCUGUCAUCAAAGGUGCAAACAAACCUCUUACUUCUGCAUAUCAUGGCCAUCUGGCUAUGCAAGUUCAUGCAGAGAAUGGCAUCGGAAAUGUCCAACAUCCAGUCAAAGAGUUGAAUCAAUCUCCAAUGCACAGAUAUCAAAAUAUGUCUGCUGCUCAGUUCAUCGUUCAGCAUGUUCUCGACAAUCCUGGUCAAAUCACGCUGUCUGCCAUUGGUCCUCUGACAAAUCUAGCUUUGGCUGUAGCCAUCGGUGGAGAAAGAUUUGUCAACUCUGUUAAACGAGUUGUCAUCAUGGGUGGAUCAGCCGAAGGUAUUGGAAAUAAAACAGCUGCAGCUGAAGCCAACUUAGCCAAUGAUCCGCAUGCAGGAAGGAUUGUGUUCGAUGCAUUUUCUGACAUCACAAUGGCCGGACUUAACUGUACCCAUCAACUUCCAAUGACGGAUGACAUUCGCGAGAAGAUGAAGAGAUUGAAUCCGAUUGGCGAAUUUUGUUAUGAUAUCACAAAGCAUUAUACAGAAAUCUUACGCUCUUGGAAUGCUCCUGCGUGUUUCCAUGAUCCGACUGCAAUCAUGUAUUUGCUGAGACCAGAUCUGUUCGAAGGUCGCCGUGCUUGCGUCGAUGUGGAAGAUAUGGGAAGAAUAACGUCAGGUCAAACAGUUGCUGAUUGGAACGGUCGAUGGGGACGACCAUUACAAACAUUCAUAUUGACUAAAGUUGAUCGAGAUGGUUUUGAAAAUGAACUGUUAGGAAGAUUGGCACGGUUAACAAUGUUUCAACCAAUUUCUCGCAAGGAUUUAGAAACGGCUGAGAAACAAAUUGAAGCAUCAGAAAACUAA